UAAGAUGGCUAAUAGAGUGAGCAGGCUGGAGAAAGGAGCUCCUGCCAGCACACGACUAAACAGCCACAGCAGAGUCAAUAGCCCAGGAGGGGACUGACUGAUUGACAGGCUGGAGAGCCUGCCGAGAUCCAGAGGAAGCUGAAGCAGUGCAAGACUAAGACUCAAACCGCAGUGAUGCAUCUUCAGGAGCGGCAGUUGACUCCAAAAGGCUAUCAAAAAAGGGAGGCAGCAUUAAAUCAGCAGAUUGUAGCCUACAAACAUAAAACUCAAGUGGUUUCCUGAGAUCACACUUCCUUUGGGGUAUUGUAGAAAGACAGUUAUGGCUGUCCCUCACUUACAGCAGCCUAGCUUCCUAUUGGCCAGUUUGAAGGCAGAUUGCAUGAACAAGCCCUUUGCUCAGAGGUGUCAUGAUCUGGAGAUAGUCAUUGAAGAUUUUCCUGCCAAGGAACUGCAUGCCAUCUUCCCAUGGCUAGUGGAGAAUAUUUUUGGUAGUCUGGAUGGCAUUAUCAUAGGUUGGAAUCUUCGCUGUUUGCAUGGAAGAGUGAAUCCUACAGAGUAUGCUAUUGCGCUGGAUUUCCUGGAUCCCAGUGGCCCGAUGAUGAAGCUGGUUUACAAACUCCAAGCUGAGGAGUACAGAUAUGAAUUCCCAGUCUCCUAUCUUCCAGGCCCUGUGAAGGCUUCAAUGCAAGAACGAGUCCUACCAGAAUGCUCACUAUACCACAACAAAGUCCAGUUCCCUCCAUCUGGAGGCCUGGGUUCGAACUUGGCCCUCAAUCCUUUUGAAUAUUACAUGUUUUACUUUGCAAUAAGCCUUAUCACACAGAGGAACUCUCCUACCACCCAUCAUGUCAGCCCUUCAAACAGCGCUUACUUCAGUCUGGUGGACACAUACCUGAAAUGGUUCCUUCCCACAGAAGGAAGUGUUCUUCCUCCACCUUCUUCCAAUCCUGGCGGGGGCAUCCCUUCACCUGCUCCUAGAUCCCCAGCAGUGCCUUUCACUUCUUAUGGCAUACACCACACUAGUCUACUGAAACGGCACAUUGCCCAUCAACCUUCAGUGAAUGCUGAUCCUGCUUCCCAAGAGAUCUGGAGAUCAGAAACAGUGCUUAAAGUUUUUGUUGAAAUGUGGCUUCACCAUUACUCACUGGAAAUGUAUCAGAAAAUGCAGUCCCCUCAUGUCAAGCUGGAGGUUCUCCACUACCGACUCAGUAUCUCCAGUACACACCACAGUAGUCCUGCCCAAUCCGGCUACCAGGCCCUCCACGCAUACCAAGAGUCAUUUAAACCCACAGAAGAGCAUGUGUUAGUGAUAAGACUGCUCGUGAAGCAUCUACAUGCUUUUGCCAACAGCCUGAAACCAGAGCCACUCUCGCCCUCAGCCCAUUCCCAUACAGCCAGCCCACUGGAGGAAUUCAAGAGAGUUGUGAUUCCUCGGUUUGUCCAGCAGAAGCUCUAUAUCUUCCUGCAGCAUUGUUUUGGCCACUGGCCUCUGGAUGCCUCUUUCAGAGCUGUCCUGGAGAUGUGGUUAAGCUACGUGCAGCCCUGGAGAUAUGCUCCUGAGAAACCACUUCAGAGUUCAGAGCCUCAGCCUCGCAGUGUAUCAGAGAAAUGGGCUCCCUUCAUUCAAGAGAACUUACUGAUGUACACCAAGCUAUUUGUAGGCUUUCUGAACCGAGCUCUCCGCACCGAUUUGGUCAGCGCUAAAAAUGCCCUGAUGGUGUUCCGAGUAGCCAAGGUCUUUGCUCAGCCCAACCUAGCUGAAAUGAUCCAGAAAGGGGAGCAGUUAUUCCUGGAGCCAGAACUUGUUAUCCCUCACCGUCAACACCGAAUUUUCAUGACCCCCACUCUUGGUGGGAGCUUCUUGUCAUCAUGGCCUCCAGCAAUCACAGAUGCCUCAUUUAAGGUGAAGAGUCACGUUUACUGCUUGGAAGGACAGGACUCCCAGUACAAGCAGAUGUUUGGUCCAGAAGUCAGGAAUUUGGUAUUAAGAUUGGCCCAGUUAAUAGGCCAGGCCAAGCAAACAGCAAAAUCCAUAUCAGACCACUCUGCAGAGACCAUGGCUAGUCAAUCCUUCCUAUCCUGGUUUAGGUUCAGCCCUUCUGACAUGAAUGGUUCCUAUACAGGCAAUGACCUAGAUGAAAUUGGGCAAGACAGCAUCAAGAAAACAGAUGAAUAUUUGGAGAAGGCCCAGGAGUACCUAUGCCAGAUCUUUCGGUUGAAUGAAGCCCAGCUGACCCAAAUGAUGAUGAAUUGUGGAGCAGCUCAGGAUGAGAAUGGAAAGAAGCAACUUCCAGACUGCAUUGAGAGUGAGGAUGGACUAAUUCUUACGCCUCUUGGCAGGUAUCAGAUCAUAAAUGGCUUACGGCGGUUUGAGAUCGAGUACCAGGGAGAUACUGAUCUUCAGCCCAUUAGAAGUUAUGAAAAUGCCACUCUAGUGCGACUGUUGUUCCAGUUAUCCUCAGCAAUUAAUCAAAGGUUUGCUGAUCAAAUGGAGAUUCUCUGCUCCAGGGAAGACUUUAUUGGCAGCUUGUGUCACUAUCAUCUUACCAACCCAUUCCUUGCAGAGAAGGGCAGGCACAGCCCAGCACUGAAACAAAGAUCCGGACAUUCUCGGCGACCAAGGAUCAGUCUGAGAUUUCUGGCUAGCUACAGGACUCUUCUUUCUUUGUUCAUGAUGUACUUCAUUGCAUCUUGGUUCUGCAUUGGACCACUGGCCUGCACAUUCAUUAUUCUCCUUGGGUAUCUUCUUUAUGCAGUAGUAAUGACUUUCUUCACUGAAAGGUGGAAACCUCAUCAACACUAAUUUUUCCCUUCAGUGUACAUUGUAAAACAAACUUUUUAAGGAUAAAAGUACAGUGCUUCGUGAUUAAAAGUCUUCGGCAAAGGAUCACUUCAAAACUUUUAAGUGUGUUUUUUGUAUUAAAGUUGAGCCAGAGGGAUGGGUUUGUGGUUGGAGAAACCGCUGUAAUCUGUGUAAAUUCUCUUUUGAUAAACUGUCUUUUCUAUACAGUUUACUGAAAGUGCGGGAUGAGAGACACUGCUUGUGGUUUGGGGAACAACCUCCAAUAGUUGUGGAGCUGAAAUGAACAGCCCAAAGUAGCUAUGGGAAACUACACAUAAAAACAGCUCUAGAUUUGGCAAUCUAUCCAUAUUGCAGCUUUUUACCUUUUCCACUUAAUUUGGGAAUUGGCCAUUUUGAGCUGCUUUCUGCAGGUUUUAUAUCAUGUUGCUGGGGAGGGGGUUUUCAGUCUGACAAAGGCAAUAGUAGCCACAAACCAUGAGUUCUGGCCACAAAGCUGAAUCCCAAAAAAUCAGUAGGACAAAAAUGACAUGAUUAGCAUAAACAAGUUUUGGCUUAAAUUACCAGAAAACUGGAGGAAAUUGGUAAUAAUGGUUUGGCUCAGAAACAGGAGAGGAGAGUUGCAUCUUGUUGCCAGAUACAUAUGAUUGCUUUGAUUUGCAAAAAAUUGCAUUAUAAGUAUUUCAAAGUACCAGGAAAGGUAGAGGAGCUGGCAGCUGAAAUCCCAUAGCCUAGCACAGGGACUAACUCUGCAUUCCCUUUUCUGAACCAAUACUUGUUGUCUUCACUGGUCCCUGUCUUUUCAAAAUGAGGAACUUUCCAUGUUUCCUGAUAACUGCAUUUCCAACUUAUGUUUACCAAAUCCAGUGAACCUUUCACUCAUCUUGUUCAAUCAAAUUUCUCUUUGUGGUACAAGUUUCUUCUUUUGAAACCGUGUAUGUAAAUUAAAGUGCUUGCUUGAUUUAUUUUUAAA